AUUUUUUAUUGAUUUUGUUUUGAGAUUUUUUAUUUCGAUCAAUUCGAUUUUAAUUUUUAAAUGUUAACUAAGUAGUAAAUACCUAUGUAAAUGGUUCGGUUUAAUUUCUAAGACUUCAUUUUUCACUACUUGAGUACUUGAAUUAUAAAUAAUACAUUGAACAUAAAGUUAUAUGAGAGUAAAUUAUUUUCUAAGCUAGAUCUCGAGAAUUGUUGGCUAUGAAAAUGGUUAAUUUAUGUCUAGAAUUCAUAAUAUUAAUUGUGUAACGAAACGUGUUUUAUAGAUGUGAUUUUUCAAAUCGUGUCCGUGACCUUUUACUUUAUAUGUUUUUGUGCCCUUCCAAAAUAUUUAAAUUUCCAAAAUGUCUGAUCCUACCAUACAAACAUUUUGUUGCCACCACACUGGAAAUAAUGAAGAUUUGGCGAUUAAAAUUAUGGAUGAAUUUAAUACUGAAUCCUAUAACACUGUGUGCUUAGUGUCUUCAACAAUUGGAAUUCUUGGUUCAUUAUACCAGAUCUUCCCUCGGAGUAUAACUAGAAAUGCCUCAAGACUUCAUAGUUUAUCUCCUACCAGAGGGCGACACAUCAUCAUCUGGUUGGCUAUUGCAGAUUUAUUAGCUUCUCUUGGUGUUUUAAUCAGAUCGUCCUUAUGGUUGCAGUACAAAAGUAUCAUGCCAAUGCCAAAUGAUGAUGUUAGUGUACUGUUUUGUAGUAUAAUAUCGGCAUGGACUCAGUAUUUCUAUACAGCAACAUGGUUUUGGACAUUAUUUUACGCUAUUGAUACCUGGCAUUCAAUAAAAGGUAUUGAUUCCCGCCCUGUUCUUUACCAUUCUUUGGCUUGGGGAUUACCAGCAGCUACCACUAGCAUUGGAUUAUCUAUACUUUAUAUACCAAAUGCUACAUGUCAUAAUAUAUCAUCUAUUUCAUCAGCUUUCUUAAGAAUUCUUCCCAACUACUGUGUGACAUACCUGCCCAUAGCUAUGGUGAUGAUAGUCAAUCCUGUUAUUUAUGUAUUGGCAAGUAAGAAGAUUGAAAUGGCUGUAGCACUCCCAUUGGCUCAGUUUACAAGCAAAGAAAGAAGAGUUGUGGACACAUUAAGGUUGAAGUUCUUUCUUAUAAAUGCUGUUUUUUAUGUAUGUUGGAUACCAAAUCUUAUUAAUGGAUUCUUGGUAUGGACAAUGUGGUUUAAUAUGCCUGUUAAAAUUAUAAUCUCAAUAUGGUAUAUAAUGGCUUUAUUAAAUCCAAUGCAGGCGUUGCUAAAUGCUCUAGUUUAUAGAAAAUGGAAUCCUGGUGAAAGGCGUCAAAGAACAACACUACCAAACUUACAAAAAAGUUUUUCCUUUCAUGAUGAACAAUCACCGCUACUUGGUUCAGAACCACCACGCUUGCCAAUGUCACCAAUACCUCCUGCCAUUAACAAUUAUGCUACUAUGUAAUUUAGCAUUUAAGUUUUAUACUUUUAUACCAUACAAUUAAGUAAAAUGAUAUACUUACACUUUGUGAUAUAUACUUGAAUACAUUUUGCAUUUUUUGAUAAUAAAAA